AUGUCGCUUCACCUGCCUCAUUCAUCCUCCCUCGGUCCCUCAGAGGUGUUGCGGCAGAAGCUGACUCAGCUGUCGCGCAUCUUCCACCGGCAAUUCGAUGCUGAAAUGGACUUCUACCCUUCGAGGGUGCGGCAUGCGUUCAUGCCCACGGAGGCAGAGAGCAUUCUGGUGGAGGCGGAAAGCCACGUGGGAUUCUUCCUCGCUUCCACUCGCCUUCCCUGGAUCUUCCAUGGUCUCGAGAGGUGGGCAAGUCCGGGCAAGCCUGAGAAGUUUUUGGAGCGGCUACCGUGGGUGCACAGGUUGCUGCUGGAGUACUGGUGGGAGCCGGUGUACCUGCGCUGCAACUGGCUGCUGCUGCAAUCACUAGCUGACCCCGUGGAGGAGGAUAAGCUGUGA